AUUUGUGCCAAGUCGAUUGUCAAAUUCGAUACCCGGCAUGACACUGUCCGUAUAGGCGUAUAGCCCGUAGAUUGUAGUGCCUGUCAAAAGUUGCCGAAAAUAUGGCAAGAUGACCAUAAAUAAUGUAUUAUUGUUCUAUGUAACCUUAAUCGCGCCGAUUUCUAUCGUUUUAUUUUUGUACGGUUUCUUUCCAAUCGCUCAUCAUGGCGAUGCAAUCGCCUCGCGAUCAGAUAUUCCAAAUUACAUCGGCAAUGUGAGCAUAAAGAAACAUGCGCUGUAUAAACCAAUGAUAACAAAAUUGAUAAUCAUGGUGAUCGAUGCGCUACGAUGGGACUUUGUAGCAGAUUCAUCACGAAAUGUCACUAUGCCAAUGACGAAUAAACUUUUGACAAACUCUUCCGGAUGUUUGUUACAAGUCAAGUUGCAAUCACCGACAGUGACAAUGCCUAGAAUAAAAGCAAUGAUGACUGGUACAGUGCCAAAUUUUGUAGAUGUAGUACUGAACUUUGGGAGUAAACCUCUGCAUAAUGACAAUUUAUUGCUUCAAGCAAAAAAAUAUGGGCAUAAAUUGGUAUUUUAUGGAGAUGAUACUUGGCUCUCUCUGUUUCCCCAUAUAUUUGAGCGUCAUGAUGGCACUACUUCGUUUUUUGUUACAGAUUUUACAGAGGUGGAUAAUAAUGUAACUCGACACAUACAACACGAGUUAAAUAACAAUGAUUGGACUGUGAUGAUUCUUCAUUAUCUCGGACUCGAUCAUAUUGGUCAUGUUGAAGGACCGUUUGGUGCGUCGAUUAAACCCAAACUACAAGAAAUGGACAAAAUUAUUAAUAAGAUAGCUCAAAGAGUGCAAUAUUGGAACACCGACGGAAUGCCCGCGCUCUUCGUUAUCUGUGGCGAUCAUGGAAUGAAAAACUCGGGUGGCCAUGGCGGCUCGACACCGCAGGAGACAACAGUACCAUUCAUCGCGAUAGGAGGAACUCGCUGUUCUCAUCGGGAAAAUGGUGAAGCGGUCAAAAUCGAGCAACUUGACAUAGCAGCAACGCUGUCGGCUGCUUUUGCAUUACCUAUUCCUUCCGCAAACCUUGGUUCCUCGUUCUUGGACAAUAUUUACGAUCUGGACGAUAUUAAACGGCUAUUUCUUCUCCAUUAUAAUUCGAGGCAGGUGCUCGAUCGUUUUCGAAAGCUCAUCUAUCGAGAAUCACAAAUUGAAUAUGUAAAUCGGAAGUAUUUGGACACUGUAAAUUUGCAUGCCGCCUGGUUGAAUAUGAAUGAAAAAUCAAGUAAAAUGGUCGGGAUGAUUGUCUCGUCUUAUAACGUGAUCCUUACAGAAAUGAAGAACACUUUAAUCAGCAGCAUAGUCGAAUACGACUUUUUUCCGAUGGCUCUUGCCGUGUUCUUUCAAUGUCAGAUACUGGCUAUUUUAUUUUUUGCGCGAAAAGUAGCUUGGACUAUGUACAAAAAAACUACAUCCUUGAUAUGUUUUUUCUUGUGUCUAGGGAUACAUUAUUUUUACAAUUCUGAAAGUAUGACGUUGCAUCCGACAAGUAUAUUUAACGCUUUAUUGUUUUUACUCAUCGUCAGCAUCUUAUAUAUAAACUGUGUUCUUUGCGUAAACAGUAAAUUAUCUCUCAUAAAGGUCACAAAGAAGCCAAGGAUAUGUAAGGUAUUCGAAAUUGGUACGUUAUUGCAUAUAGCGAGUCUCGCCGGCAGCAGCUUCAUUGAGGAAGAGCAUCAGACAUGGUACUUCUUCUGGUGCACUACAGUCUCAUAUUUGCUCUAUCAUUGUUUCACAAGAAUGCUAGCAUAUGAACGAUACGAUCUUACGAGCGACCUAAGGAUGCAAACCGGGGUGGAUCGACGUUACGGGAAUUCUAGGCAUCCGCGUCACUUAGAACUUUGCGCUAAGCUAUUAUUGCUACUGAUAGGACAUAGAAUUCUACGGAAGCUAAACAGCACCGGUGACAAAUGGGCGCACCUACCUGACUUAGCUCGCUGGUUGAAAGAGGACAAUAGCAAAAUCGGGAUGACACUCCUACUUCUAGUUGCGCUCGUUCUUCUGAUCCGGAUCGCAUACGUAUGCGAAAAUAAGGAAUACAGGCGGCGAUCGUUGAUAUUAAAUACGGUCGUUGCGUUAUGUAUAUAUCUUCGUCAUAUGAUCAAUAAUGCCGUUUUGAGGAUUCCAUUAUAUUUCUCAUCUAGUGGAAUAUAUGAAGUGCAAAUAUUUUGGGGAAUAAUAAUGCUAUUUCUUGUAAGCUAUGGCUAUCGAGUGACAUUAAUAAUUAGACGCGAGAAACAACAUUUCGCGAGUGCAAUGCUAUUUUUUAUCAUCAAUUUCUGGGUGAUGAUUUCGGCAAUGCUACACCAACCAUACAAUGUGAUCUUGUUACCACUGCAGAUCGUCGCGAGCUCGACAAUUGACGCUGUAUUGAAAGAAAACAAUUUGAUGUUCGAUCUCGGCGUCUUCGUGCACUGCUGGCUCGGCAACGUAUUUUAUUUUUAUCAGGGAAAUUCUAAUAGUCUCGCGAGUAUAAACAUCACAGCGGGAUAUGUCGGCUUACGUUCCUAUAUGCCUCUCAUUACCGGCGUAUAUUUAAUCAUCAACACUUAUUCCGCGCCUGUUCUGGCUUAUUUCUUGCUCGUUUAUCGUCGACAGUCAGGCGAGACACAUUGCAUGGAUAUUAUUGCGCGUACGAGCAGUACUUACAUCGCGUGGAGAUUACUAACAAUGACCGUUUAUAUGAUCAUCGUCGUUGGCCAGCGUAAUCAUCUCUUCAUAUGGUCGGUGUUUUCACCGAAAUUGUUGUACGAAGCGACAUAUUCCGCGAUGAUAUGCUGUAGUGUGCUAUUGGCAUUGAUAGUGAUUACAUUGCAAGCUGUAAUAAUUCCUAAUUACAUAUCAUACAAGGAUUAAACCAGCAGGAAUCAAAUAUACACAUUUGUGUAUUUUUAACAAACAAGUAAAUAAAAAUUUAUAUUUUACACAAUUAAAUAGAAUAUAUUAUUUAUAUUGUGUAAUAUUUUUAUAUACUAUAUUAUUGCAAUAUAUUUUUAUCUUAAUAAGAUCUACUUUAUUUCGGAAAUCUGAAUCUAGGACUAGUAAAGUAUUAGAUCAGAAUAAUUAAUGAAUAUGUUACAUUAACGGAAACUCAAAUAUCGUUUAGAAGCGAAUAUUUAUAUCCUUGAUUCAUCGUAAUUAUAUAAUCUCUAUUCUUACUUUCCUUUUCAAUUCUUAUUGUUCUUCCAACACUUUGAUAUACUUUGUGCAAAAUAAUAUUGUGCAGCUAAUCAAAUUAAUCAAUUUAAAAAAUGAAGUGAAAAAAUGAAUGAAAGACAAGAUAUAAUACUUGUAUCAGUAAUCAAUGUGGAGCGAUGAGGGAACACAAGGAGAAAAAUUAAAUUUGCUAAAAAUACAGAGGCUUGAAUGUAUUUCUGUUUAAAAAACAGAAUCUCGACAAUUACAUCGCAUUUUAUCACUUGCGGUAGAAAGUCGACAAAAAUUUGUAUGAUCAAAAUAUCUGAUUAUUUCACAAUCAAAGAACCUCGUACCAGCGAGACUUUCAUUUAAAAUUCGAAAAUUUCUUGAUAGGACUUGUAGUUACAAUCUCUCGCCAAGUACAUUUAAUUUGCUAAAAUUUCCUAAUCUCUAUAAUCGCGCUAAACACAAAUAAAUUACUAUCACAAUAGGAACAUUUAUGUACAAGUUAGUCUACGUAGCAUUAAGAUCAUCAAAUACAAGAUUCCAUUUCCACUUAUCAGGUACUCUUGCGUUACUA